AGUGUGAGGAGCGACACAUCCAUGGAGGUGCUGUCGGACACCGGGGUCGCCAAGUUGGCACGUUAUUAAUGAUUUUACUCGCAGUUUUUUGAAUACUUUUAAACAUGGGAUAGUAACGUCUUUGUCAGCUCACUGAAUUCAGCUGGUUUUAACUGUGACACCAUAAUGUCGCUGUCAUGGCGGGAGUGUCUGAGCAGCUCCGUGCUGUCGCAUGUAAACUUUGUAGCUCUGCUGGUGUUCUUGCUAGUGUUUUAUAUCGUUAAUGUUUAUCAGAAACGACGGUACUUCGCAAAUAUCCCGCCAGGUCCGAAACCGUGGCCGGUGGUCGGUAACUUCGGCGGGUUUUUUCUCCCCUCUUUCAUCCUGAGGAGGUCUGGACUGCAGUCACAACCCCCCAUGGUCAUUUUAACGGAGCAAGCCAACGUGUACGGUAACGUGUACAGCCUGUUUGUAGGGAGUCAGCUAAUGGUUGUGCUUAAUGGCUAUGAAGUGGUCAAAGAUGCUCUCUCAAACCAUCCUGAGGUGUUCUCCGACAGACCAGAUAUUCCUUCUGUCACCAUCUUGACCAAACGCAAAGGAAUAGUCUUUGCACCUUACGGGCCAGUGUGGAGAAAGCAGCGCAAGUUCUGCCACACCACACUCCGAAGCUUCGGCCUGGGGAAGCUGACCUUGGAGCCAUGCAUCCAGGAAGGUCUGGCCACCAUCAAAACAGAGCUGCUGCGACUGAGCAAGGAGUCCGGUGCAGUCGGCGUGGACCUGGACCCGCUGAUCAGCAGCGCCGUGUCAAACGUCAUCUGCUCGCUGAUCCUGGGACAGCGCUUCCAUCACGAGGACAGCGAGUUCCGCAACAUGCUGAGACUUAUGGAUCGAGGGCUGGAGAUCAGCGUGAACAGCGCUGCAGUCCUCAUCAACAUCUUCUCACUGCUGUACUACUUGCCUUUUGGGGUCUUCAAGGAGUUGCGGCAGGUGGAAAGAGACAUCACAGCGUUUCUGAAGAGGAGUAUUGCAAAGCACAGAGAAACCUUAGAUCCUGACAACCCGAGGGAUCUUGUAGACAUGUAUUUGAUGGAGAUGUUGGCCCAACAAGCUGCUGGAGAGGAGGACAGCACCUUCACAGAAGACUAUCUCUUCUAUAUAAUAGGAGAUCUCUUCAUCGCUGGCACUGACACCACCGCUAACUCAGUUUUGUGGGUUCUGCUCUACUUGGCCAUACACCCUGAUAUCCAAGACAAAGUCCAAGCAGAGAUCGAUAAAGUGGUGGGCACACAUCGUGUCCUGUCGCUGACAGAUAAGGGAAGCUUGCCUUUUACUGAAGCCACCAUCAUGGAGGUGCAGAGACUGACUGUUGUGGUUCCCCUGGCUAUUCCUCACAUGGCCUCUGAGACAAUAGAGUUCAGAGGCUACACUAUUCCCAAAGGAACAGUUAUUGUGCCCAACCUGUGGUCUGUCCAUAGAGAUCCCACUCUCUGGGACGACCCAGACAGUUUCAACCCAACACGCUUCUUGGAUGAUGAAGGACAUUUGCUCAGGAAAGAGUACUUCAUACCAUUCGGGAUCGGUCGCAGGGUGUGCAUGGGUGAACAGCUGGCGAAGAUGGAGCUGUUCCUGACGGUUUCCAGCUUACUGCAGGCCUUCAAAUUCAGACUUCCAGAGGGAACGCCUCCUCCUUCUCUGCAAGGGCGGUUUGGCCUGACGCUAGCACCCUGCCCAUACACUGUGUGUGUGAGCCCUCGAAGGUGAAGCAGUGCAAUAUUUGGUUCAGAUUUUCUGUAAACCAAGAACCUUUACUGACCAAGACGUGGGUAAAGGUCUCCUGGAGAGACAAUGCAAUCUGUGUGAAACAGAAAAAGUAUGAUCUGUAUCUAUGGCUGCACAUCACAUCUCAUUAUCAGUUAAUGUACUGAUUACUCAAGCAAUUAUUGGGUCCAUAAAAUUCAAAAAGCAAUGUGAAACACCAAUCAGAAAUGACCAAAGUGAUGUCUUAUGGCUAGUAUUUAAUUUGCAAUGCUUUCAUCCAAAACAGCUGCUAAUAAUCUCCUCUAAGAAGCUGGGACCAGCAAGUGUUUUAUAUUUACUUGACAAUCAAGCAAUAAUUAAGGUCUAUUGUCAAAGUUCUGUUGAUUGUUUUUUUUAAUCAACUCAAUCUCGACUAAUACGGUCAGUAUUAUAUUUCAGAUGCCUUUGAUUUUGGAGGAUAUCUGCUGUAUAUCUGUAUUGAUAUUUUAUCAUUUUACUGUAAUAGGACGCAUGACACUGAAAUAUAGAAAUGAGCGCACAGAUCUGUCUAUCUGUCUGUAUAAUGUCUUUUAUCAGGGCAUUAGGAAAGAUUUUAGUUUCAAGAGUUUAAAUAUAUAUUUUCCUUACUGACUUGAUAAAUGGAUCACUGGCAUUGUGUCAAUAAAAUGAGUUUAUCUUAAUAAUAAUAACCUUAGUGUAUCAUGAAUAUAGAAAACUUGAAUAUUAUCAUUAAAUCACUUUUUAUUCUGAAAGAACAAACUAAUCCUAAAUCAGAAUCAUUUUGUUUUUGUCAUUUGUCAUUUUGAAAAAACAGUUUUUAAGACAUGCAGCCCAAAGCUUAUUUUACAACAGCUAGGGACAUUCUGGCAUUUUGUCUAGGGUGUGUGCAUGAUGUGCAGUGUAGAGUUACAGUCAAUUGAUUUAAGGAAGUGUAUUAUGAUUGUAACAAAACAUAUAACCUAUUGGUAAAAGAAAUCAGCUCAAAGGUGGAAAAGAUACUGACUGCUAGCUGGGACUUCUGCGACAGCUGAUUGACAGUUCAUGAAAACAUCCAAAUGUGAUUGCUAAUAGAGAAUUAACAGCAUUCAAGUGUUUAUUUAAUUGUUCAGACUCAGACAUUUAUGAGCUCCAGAGAGGACUGCUGAAAUAAAUAAGACCAGAAUUUUAUAACAACCUAACUUUCCUCUUUAAGUCAGGGUUUAUAACACUACAUAGUAUUUAAUUUUUUAAUAUAUAAGUGCCGUAUUUUAGUAGGCUGCGUGGUGGUGCAGUGGUUAGCAUUGUUGCUUCGGAGCAAGCAGGUUCCUGGUUUGAACCCCAGGGUGGCGGAGCCCCCCGGUGGAGCCUGCAUGCUCUCCCAGUGCCUGCAUGGGUCUCCUCCAGGUACUCCAGCUUCCUCCCACAGUCCAAAGACAUGCAGGUUAGCCGUAGAGACUUAUGGAUCAUACAACCGUAGGUGUGAAUGUGAGCGUGAAUGGUUGUCUGUCUCUAUGUGUCAGCCCUGUGAUAGUCUGGUGACCUGUCCAGCGUGUAUCCGUGACAUUCAUUUGACAGCUAUAGUUAGAGAAUAGCCCAUGGUAGAGUGUAACAGAGCACAUUUGCUUAACUACUGUGCUUAAACAAAGUGAUGAGGUAUUUGUACUUCAGUAAAUAAGUGCUGUAUUUCAGUGAGCUUUUAGCAGUGGGUGGAAUGCACAUUAGGAGUAUUGUGCUAAAUUCACUCAGUGCCUUUACUGUAAUUGCACAACUGAAGUGAAGUGCCAGCUUUUAGGGACCUGUAGUGCCAUCAGGGCAGCAGGGUGAAAAGGUGGUGACUUAUGUGUGAUGAUUCUCUAAUGUUUGUGGCCCGAUGAAGACAUUGUCCUCUACUUAUGGCAACUGAGUGCCAGGAAUUUGCUGUGCUGACUUUAGGACUCUCUGAAGAGCUUUCCUGUGUGUUGCAGUGCAGCUGACAAACACACCAGCAUGCUGUAAAUGAGAAUGCUUUAAAUGGAGGAGUGAUAGAAAGACAGAAGCAGCUGCUGGGACAGGUCGGCUCUUUUCAGUGUCCUGAGAAAAUACAGCCACUUCUGCUCCUUCACCAGGGCUGUGGUGUUUAAAGUCCAUGUGAGGUCCUGGGAGAUGUGUGUGCAGAGGAAUUUAAAGGAAGACACUCUCUCCACUAUGUCUCCUCUGAUGUCUAACAGUGCAGGUUCCUUGUUGUUUCCUGAAGCUGACUAUCAUCUCAGUUGUUUUGGAGAUGUUGAGCACCAGGUUGUCAGUUGAACACCUUUCUGUCAGUCUGCAGACCUCAUCCCUGUAGGCAAUACAUUUGAGGUACUUGUAGUUUACUUCUACUUUCCAAUACAGUUCAGAGGGAAAUAUUUUACGUUUUACUGCAGUACAAUUAUUUGGCACUUAGCUACUAGUUAUGAGUUACUUUUUUUACAACCGCGUUUGAAGCCAUUGUUAAAUCCUCCAUAUGCACACAGCUGUGAACACAUAACAACAGUAUUACUGCACUGAUAAACCAAGUUCCAAGCUCCAAGUGUGGAUAAGUGGUUGAAAGAGAUGGUCAGGAUAGAGGAGGGAGACAGACAAGAAAAGAGACAUCCUGGAAUCUGAAGAGCUGGAAAGGUUGACAGGUUUCUAAAAGCAGUGAGCCACUUGAGGCCAGGCUUUACAGUGAUUAUAACAGCUAAGGGGGUUUGACAACACCCCCAAGCUGUUCUAAAAUCACUGUAAACCACUCAUUGCUUGAAUAAAUAAACAGUGUGGAGGAAGGAGUCAGUCCGCAUAAUGAGUGUUUACCUUUGAUGCUUUGAGUACAUUUUGCUGAUAAAGGGUAGUUAGGCGACUCCUCAAGUAUUGUGACUUUGGGUCACUGAGAGAACAUUUUUUCAUUUUUAUCACACUAAGCUGACACCAAAAGGUAUGUACAAAGAUUCAAUGAUAAAUCAGUUACUAUUUUUAUUAGAUAGAAAGUGGACUUUGUGAUGUAUCUUCUUUGUCCCUGAGCCAGAGUUUGGACAUUUAACCCUGCUUGAGUUUGAAUUUAAUAUUGAUUUAUUAUUAACUUCUAAUAGAAAUGACAAAUAAAUACCCAUUUUACCAAUUUUAAUAAAAUGUUGCCUAUAAAGUGUUGUAAGAUCUAUGUAAGGUUACUGGGGUUGUGCCACACCGUGUAAAAGUGUGACUUUAGGGCUUUUUUUGUUUGUUUGUUUUUUAGAGUUUGUUAACUUGGUAAAAACAGCAAGAGUCAUGUGACAUGAAAGUACAUGCCUGCAGAAUAAAAACAUAAAAUAAAAAUAAAUCUGGAAUACA